UAACAUUUUUGUCUGUAAGUUUGGGGUUUAAUAAGAAAACUUCAAUUUUAAUGAUUAAUUUUGACUUUUUUGUUUAUAUAGUUUUGGGGUUAUAUGUCCAUAGUAUGUGGGGCUUACAUUUUUGUCUAUGAGUGUGGGGUUUAAUAAGAAAAUUUCAUUUUAAAUUAUUCUUUUGACUUUUUUGUCUAUAUAGUUGUGGGGUUAUAUGUCCAUAGUAUGUGGGGCUUACAUUUUUUUCCAUGAGUGUGGGGUUUAAUAAGACAACUUCAUUUUAAAUUAUUAAUUUUGACUUUUUUGUCUAUAGGUUGUGGGGUUAAAUGUCCAUAGUGUGUCGGGCUUACAUUUUUGUCCAUGAGUGUGGUGUUUAAUAAGAAAAUUUCAUUUUAAAUGAUUAAUUUUGACUUUUUUGUCUAUAGGUUGUGGGGUUAUAUGUCCAUAGUGUGUCGGGCUUACAUUUUUGUCCAUGAGUGUGGGGUUUAAUAAGAAAAUUUCAUUUUAAAUGAUUUAUUUUGACUUUUUUGUCUAUAGGUUGUGGGGUUAAAUGUCCAUAGUAUGUGGGGCUAACAUUUUUGUCCAUGAGUGUGGGGUUUAAUAAGAAAAUUUCAUUUUAAAUGAUUAAUUUUGACUUUUUUGUCUAUAUAGUUGUGGGGUUAUAUGUCCAUAGUGUGUGGGGCUUACUUUUUUGUCCAUGAGUGUGGGGUUUAAUAAGAAAAUUUCAUUUUAAAUGAUUUAUUUUGACUUUUUUGUCUAUAGGUUGUGGGGUUAUAUGUCCAUAGUGUGUGGGGCUUACAUUUUUGUCCAUGAGUGUGGGGUUUAAUAAGAAAAUUUCAUUUUAAAUGGUUUAUUUUGACUUUUUUGUCUAUAUAGUUGUGGGGUUAUAUGUCCAUAGUGUGUGGGGCUUACAUUUUUGUCCAUGAGUGUGGGGUUUAAUAAGACAACUUCAUUUUAAAUGAUUAAUUUUGACUUUUUUGUCUAUAUAGUUGUGGGGUUAAAAAUUAUGUCCAUAGUGUGUGGGGCUUACAUUUUUGUCCAUGAGUGUGGGGUUUAAUAAGACAACUUCAUUUUAAAUGAUUAAUUUGACUUUUUUGUCGAUAUAGUUGUGGGGUUAUAUGUCCAUAGUAUGUGGGGCUUACAUUUUUGUCCAUGAGUGUGGGGUUUAAUAGGAAAAUUUCAUUUUAAAUGAUUUAUUUUGACUUUUUUGUCUAUAUAGUUGUGGGGUUAUAUGUCCAUAGUGUGUGGGGCUUACAUUUUUGUCCAUUAGAGUGGGGUUUAAUAAGACAACUUCAUUUUAAAUGAUUAAUUUUGACUUUUUUGUCUAUAUAGUUGUGGGGUUAUAUGUCCAUAGUGUGUGGGGCUUACAUUUUUGUCCAUGAGUGUGGGGUUUAAUAAGACAACUUCAUUUUAAAUGAUUAAUUUUGACUUUUUUGUCUAUAUAGUUGUGGGGUUAUAUGUCCAUAGUAUGUGGGGCUUACAUUUUUGUCCAUGAGAGUGGGGUUUAAUAAGACAACUUCAUUUUAAAUUAUUAAUUUUGACUUUUUUGUCUAUAGGUUGUGGGGUUAUAUGUCCAUAGUAUGUGAGGCUAACAUUUUUGUCCUAAUAACCCCACUAAUAGACAAAAUAAAAUUAUUCAACAUGAAGUUUUCUGAUGAAACCACAAAUACAUUACAGACAAAAAAUGUCAACCCCAUAAAAUGUGGACAUAUGUCCUUCAUGUAUGGGGGUAACAAUGUUUGUCCAUAAUAUGUGUGGGGUUACACAAGAAAACUUCAUUUUUAAAAAAUGUAUUUUGCCCUUUUUAUCCAUUACAUUUUUUCUAAAGUAAGUGUAUGGUUUCAUCAAGAAACUCCAUUAAAUUAUUGUUAUUUUAUUGUGUGUUUGCACAUCCUUCUGAUGUUGAUUGAUUACUCUUUCAGACCAGAUUCUUUGACAGGGUGUAUGAUAUGGGCCCAACUGCAAGGCAUACCUAAGACAAUGAGAUGGCCAGUAAAAGUUGUGACUUUGCCACUUGUUUACUGCAAUUCUGAUCGUGCCUGGCUUAAUUUGAAAAACAGUACACAAGUUGAAGAAUUUCAACUUAACAACAUUGAUAAAUGGAAAUCUGCUGCAGAAAAGAUACUGAAAAAGAAACAUGAAUCCUUGGCCGCUUUUUUAGACGAUGUGGAUUGGGCUAUUUGGCAACUUCAAACUUGCACACCAACUCAGGAGAAAGCAAGAGAUGUUGCCUUACCUGAUGAAGUAAGACCAUUACCUAAUGAAGAUCCAGAAACCCCAGACACUGUCAUGCCCAACAUAGCUUCAGAUACAGUCUUAUUUGAGAAACUAACUAACACAACCAUAACUGAGGGAGCUAUAGACAAAGCCCUACUUCAGAAUCAUAUAAACACAGCCCAAGUUGUGGAAGCUAUAGACACAACCCAAGUUGAAGAAGCUACAGCCUUAACUAAGGUUACUAAAGACACGGCUUCUCCUGAAGAGGCCUCAGACAAAGCCUUACAGUGCUACAGUCAAGGGACAGCCUUACCUGGUGAAGUUAUCAACAUAGCUGUACAUACAGACACAUUUCUACCUGAGCAAGCAAGGAACACUGCUGAAAAAGUCCUUGGGAGCUGUAGUAAUGAAGUGCAAGAACAUUGUGAAUAUACUGUUAUAAUUGAAGAACAGCAUAAACUUUCUCCAAGAAUUGAGGAAGUAAGACCCUUACCUGAUGAAAAUCCAGAAACCCCAGACACUGUAAUGCCCAACUCAGCUUCAGAUACAGUCUUAUUUGAGAAACUUACAAACACAACCAUAACCGAGGAAGUUACAGAUAAAGCCACAUCUGAUGAAGCUUUAGGCAUAGCCCUACUUCAGAAUCUUAUAGACACAGCCCAAGUUGUGGAAGCAAUAGACACAGCCCAAGUUGAAGAAGCUACAGCCUUAACUAAGGUUACUAAAGACACAGCUUCUCCUAAAGAGGCCUCAGAGAAAGCCUUACAGUGCUACAGUCCAGGGACAGCCUUACCUGGGGAAGUUAUCAACAAAGCUGUACAUACAGACACAGUUCUACCUGAGCAAGCAAGGAACACUGCUGAAAAAGUCAUUGGGAGCUGUAGUAACGAAGUGCAAGAAAAUUGUGAAUAUACUGUUAUAAUUGAAGAACAGCAUAAACCUUCUCCAAGAAUUGAGGAAGUAAGACCCUUACCUGAUGAAGAUCCAGAAACCCCAGACACUGUAAUGCCCAACUCAGCUUCAGAUACAGUCUUAUUUGAGAAACUAACAAACACAACCAUAACCGAGGAAGUUACAGAUAAAGCCACAUCUGAAGAAGCUGUAGACAUAGCCCUACUUCAGAUUCUUAUAGACACAGCCCAAGCUUUGGAAGCUAUAGACACAACCCAAGUUGAAGAAGCUACAGCCUUAACUAAGGUUACUAAAGACACGGCUUCUCCUAAAGAGGCCUCAGAGAAAGCCUUACAGUGCUACAGUCCAGGGACAGCCUUACCUGGGGAAGUUACCGACAAAGCUGUACAUACAAACACAGUUCUACCUGAGAAAGCAAGGAACACUGCUGAAAAAGUCAUUGGGAGCUGUAGUAAUGAAGCUCAUGAAAAUUAUGAAUACAUUGUUAUAAUUGAAGAACAGCAUAAACUUUCUCCAAGAAUUGAGGAAGUAAGACCCUUACCUGAUGAAGAUCCAGAAACCCCAGACACUGUAAUGCCCAACUCAGCUUCAGAUACAGUCUUAUUUGAGAAACUAACAAACACAACCAUAACCGAGGAAGUUACAGAUAAAGCCACAUCUGAAGUAGCUUUAGGCAUAGCCCUACUUCAGAAUCUUAUAGACACAGCCCAAGUUGUGGAAGCUAUAGACACAACCCAAGUUGAAGAAGCUAUAGACACAACCAAAGUUGAAGAAGCUACAGCCUUAACUAAGGUUACUAAAGACACAGCUUCUCCUAAAGAGGCCUCAGAGAAAGCCUUACAGUGCUACAGUCCAGGGACAGCCUUACCUGGGGAAGUUAUCAACAAAGCUGUACAUACAGACACAGAUCUACCUGAGCAAGCAAGGAACACUGCUGAAAAAGUCCUUGGGAGCUGUAGUAACGAAGUGCAAGAAAAUUGUGAAUAUACUGUUUUAAUUGAAGAACAGCAUAAACAUUCAACAAAUAACCUUGAAAUGAAGAAAAAUGAUGAAGGCAAUAAAUUCGCUAAUGUAUCUGUGCUUAAAAGAAACCGUGGGGAACGGAAAAAAGAACAAGUUAAGAAAAGGCCUAAGUUGAUUUCAGAAUCUGAGAAUUCUGAUAACAGUCCUUAUGAAGUAGACAGUGAUUGGUCACCAGCACCUGUCAGGAAAAGGAUCAGACAAGUGUUAGAAUCUGAUGACAAUGAGAACAGUGAUCAGUCUGAAGUGUUUCCUAUGCUUAGUGCAAAGAGGAUAAAGCUAAACAAUGUAGACUCAGAAUUUUCAGAUAAUGAUGAAAAUGAAGAAGAGGAAAAUGUGUUUCGGGAUAUAAAUUAUAAAAAUGUUUACAUUUCUGCUGUAAAAAAGAAUCACUUGACAAAAACAGGCAAAUGCAAAGUUACAAAUCGUGUGUAUGAUAUGACACAUCCUUGUCCAUUCUGUUCAAGGGUUACUAAAAACUUUUCCCACCAUAUUUUCAGUAAGCAACAUGAAAAAGAAGAAGCUGUCCAAGAUAUUAAAAAAAUUCAUAAUGAGAAAGAAAGAAAGAAAAAGAUUGCAAAGCUUCGCCUUAAAGCUGCUCAUGAGCAUAAUGUGAAAGUACUCAAAGAAAAAAAGGGAGAAAUCUAUGUGUUACGUAGAUCUAAUAAAACUGAAGAAGAUUCUGAUGAAGAUCCAUCAUAUGAAGGCACUGGUAAAACUGUGGAUAUAUCGCAAUAUGGUCCAUGUCCUAAUUGUUAUGGAUGGAUUGUUUGUCGCUCUUUGAAAAGACAUAUGAAUGUGUGUUCAUCCGAGAACUAUUCCUCAAAGCGCUCUUUGAUGGUAUUUGAUAUUAUCAUGGGAAAGUUACCAGAAGAGGCAUCUCAAGCUCUAGUCAAUGAAGUUUUCCCUAUAAUGAAAAACGAUGAUAUAGCUGAAAUUGCAUGCCAUGACUCUCUGAUAAUAAACCUAGGAAAUCAGUGGAUGAUGCGUAACAGGGGAAAUGAGAUAAUGAGGAAAUAUUAUACCAGCUCAGUGAUGCGCUUAGCAGCAAAAUUGAAACAGGCCACUCAAAAACUUUCCAACACAACUUUAGAAAUGAGUAAAUAUUUGGCACCAAAGUAUUUUGAAGUUGUUACAAAGGCAGCCUUAGUGUGCUGCCAUGCAGAGGAUGAAGAAGAUUUAAAGGCCCCUAGCAAUGCUUUAAAAUUAGGGCAUGAUAUAAAGAGAAUGGUUGAUGCGAAACUUGCCAAAGCAAUCAUACAAGAAGAUAAUGAUGAGCAAAAAGAAGCCCAAGACUUCCUCAGACUUAUGUCAAUGCAGUGGGGCCUUCGAGUUACAAAGUUAGCAAGAUAUGUUUUAAUUGAACGCUCGUUUAAUCAAGUAAAAGAGCUACCUCUUCCUGAUGAUGUAAAAAAACUGUCAGUGCACCUUCAAAAAGAAUUGUCAAGUAUUGAUUUGGAAGACUGUACUUUCUGUAACUUCAGGAAACUCGCUGUAUUGACGUUAACCAGAAUAACACUAUUCAACAGGAGAAGAUGCCAUGAAGUGCAGGCUUUAAGGCUUUCAGCUUAUGCUGCUAGGAAGAUUGGCAAGAACGAAGUGGGUGAGGAAAUCAGAGGAGAACUGACUCAGUUUGAACGGAGACUGCUUCAUAGUCAGGAACAUGUUGUCAUUCGUGGGAAGACUGGACGAGGUGUUCCUGUCAUUUUACCGAGUGAUGUUAAAGGAGCUUUGGACUUUCUUACCAACCAAGAUGUUAGAAAGAAGGCAGGAAUACUGAAAGACAACCCAUAUGUUUUUGCAAAUAAUGGUGCUGGAGUGUUCAGAGCAUACGAUUCCAUUAAAGAAGUAGCCAGUUCGUCAGCAGCAGGUCUGAUAAAACCUAAUCUUUUAAGAACAUCGAACAUGAGAAAAUAUAUGGCGACAAUGUUGCAGGCAUUAAACACAACAGAAGCUGAACGUCAAUGGGUUAUAGACCAUCUUGGUCACACAAUGAAUGUCCACAGAGUGCACUAUCGACAAACCUCUGACGUAAUCGAGAGGGUGGAUGUUGCCAAGAUUCUUCUCAUCCAAGACAUGGGUCUAGUUUCUAAGUACAGAGGAAAAAAGCUUGAAGAUAUUCAACUAAAUGACGUUCUCCAAGAUGUAGAGUCUGAAGAAGGCGUAAAUGGAGCGGAUGAUGAAUCUUCUUUAGAGCUUGAUAGUGGGUUGUCUAAAGAACUUGAAAGAGGGUCACUUAUGUUUAACAAUAACGUUUCUGAAGAAUAUAUCCCAGAUAUAAUGGAUGAGGAUGAGGAGGAGGAAGAUGAUGAUUAUGAAGAAAUCAAUAAACCUAGUAAAAGAAAACCAAAAAAGCCCUGUAAUAGACAAAAGUGGAGUCUAAUGGAGGAGAAUGAGUUGAAGGAGCUUUUUAAAGAGGAAUUCAAAUGUCUUAAACUACCAGGACAGAAACGAAUAGAAAAAAUGAUGAAAGUAAGCUUAUCAAAGAAUGGAGAAAUACACAAACGAAAGAGAGACACCAUUAAGAAAAAGCUAAGCAAUAUGAUGAUAAAAUUAAGAAACAAGUAACAUUAUGAUUUUCAGGUUAAAGUGCUGAAAAUGUGAACCCAAAAAGUUAUUUUUUGCCUAGCUGUCUCCUCUGACAUUUUUGCUAGUCUGAAUUGGAUUAUUUGUUCAUUUUUCAAAAAAUUAAAAAAAGUCUAGGGUUGCCUACCCAGAAUUUAUUCUUGUUUUUGUUGUUUAGUUGAAAAUGUUAAAUAAGCUGUUUUCAAAUGUAAAAAGAAACAGUAGUGCUUAAUAGUUUAAAUGUUUAAAAACAGUUUUAAAGACAGUUGGCAAGAAGCACUUCUAAACAAAUAUUUACUUUCUGCAACAAAUUUAAAUUUGUUUGUGUUGGUGCAUUCCAUAACUAUAUGUUAAUAAUUAACUGUGAAAUAUAUUGAAAUAAUUACAUUAUUUUCCAUAAACUUGGGCUUUAUUUUGUUAGUAUUCAGUAGAAAAUGUAUUUUGAUUACAAGGUGACUGUCAAUUUUAUGUAUUGAUUUUUUUUAAAGGACAACUGCUUUGCCAGUGGUAUAACAGAUGAUUGCUUGUCAUUGUUGCAUAUCACACUCUUAUGUUUAUGUGCCUUUGUGAUGACUGAUGCUGGGCAAUGCAUUAAGUAAAGAGUUAAGUCUAUUGAAUCAAAAUACCUUUACAUUUUUUCAGGGGCAUUUGUCACUUUGCUCAACAGCUCUUGUUCAUUUAAUUGAUUGAUUAUGUUAGAUGGAUCAGUGUCACAUCUGCCUACUUUUUUUUGUUUCCUUUUUGUUGCGUUUUGUCAUUGUAUUUCACGGAGCAAGCUGGGAAAGUCUUGUUAAAUCUUGCAUUAACUUAAUUUCAAAACUGUUAUAUUGACACAUUUUUUUUUAGAUAUUAUUGUAAUAAAAAAUGCACAAAAGUUUGUUUCUUUAUAUCAUUGAUAAAAUGAAAGUACAUUGCAAAUUUUUCCUACAUUUAUAUUUUUUCUCUGCUUUUUUGAAGACAGAUAUUACCAUGACAUCAGUGUUAGUUAACCUUUUUAGUUUUUUGUUUAUGGUGCAUCAUUUUAAUAUUAAUUAACCUAUAACAAAAUAACUUCAUAUUUGAGUUUACCUCUAACACCCAUUUUCAGGUCAAAAGGUCAAUGUCACUAAAAAAAAUUCAAUGGGCUGUAAAAUAAUAAUGCAUAUACCUUGAUGAGUUCCGCCUGCCACACCGAUUCUCAGGUUAAAGGUCACAUGGACCAUACAUAUAUGUAUGUAUGUAGUUAUGUAAUUGGCCAUAAAAUGAUAGUGCAUAUAUUCAGGGACUUGAAUAUUAGAAUAUAGAUAUACUUCCAUGAAAUUUACCUUCAUCUAUUUAUGUCAAAGGACAAUGUCACUGGUACCUGAUAUUUUUUAAAAUGUUACAGGCCAUAUUGAAAGUGCAUAUAACUAGGGACUACAUCUUGAUGAGCUCUACCUCUCUGAACCAUUUUCAGGUUCAAAGGUAAAGGUCAAUUGGACUUGUUUUAAGAAAUGCAACUGGUCAUAAAAUGAACGUGCAUUUACCCAGUAACUUCAAACUUCCUACAUGGAUGAACCUCAUUGACUUCUUCCUGCCACUUAAAGUUUCAGGUCAAAGCCUCUUGCAACCUGUAAAAUGAAAGUGCAUAUGACUUGUAACUUCAAACAUCAUUGUUGAAUGUAAUUUUAUCAUUUCAACCUUCUACACCUAUUUCAAGUCAUUAUGCCAGAGGUCAAGUUCACUUGCAUCUGUUUUAAAAUUGGUGAUGAAAUGACCAGGAACUCCAAACUUCAUGCAUGGAUGCACAUUGAUGAUUUCUACCUCCUUCAGUCAUUUGUGGUCAUAAGGUCAAGGUUAAAUGUGUAAAUCGUGCUUUUUACUAAUCCAGAUCCAUGCUGCUCAUUUGACAGCUCUUGUUUAAAAAACAAAUUGACUUUUAACUUUUUAAAGUUUGUAGUUUGUUCUCAAUGAGAGUCCAUGAUGCUUAGUAUAAAUAGAAUGUCCUGAAAGAAAUUUAACUUUACUGAAGUUGUCUCUGUAUUUUUUUUGCGCUUUGACAUACUUGUUUAAUAUUAGAAUUAUGUAUGUUCAUGAAAAUUAAUCAAUAUCUUUGAUGUGAAAGCAUAACUUAUGUUGAAAAUAAAAUAUAUUUUAUCUUGAAAUUCUUGUUGAGUUUACAUCUCAAUUGAUUAAGAAGAAAGGAAAAUAAAAAAAUAUAUACAGUAGAGCUCCACCAUAAACCACCCGUUUGCAUGACCAGUCUGCUAUUACGAUCAAUUUUUCAAAGAUUUUUUUUCUUAUUAGAGUCUUUCUAUCCAAAAUUGAGACCAACCUGCUAUUGCCUAAUACAACUAUUUUUUCCAAACAAUAAUUUUGCAUGUAUUUAGACCAUACCUGUUAAAUUGUUUAACCAUGCGUGACAACACUAAUUUUCUGUCAACUGCUGUAGUCAGUAUUGUACUUAAUUAUUAACCCUUGUCCUAACAACAUCAUGAACGAGUUAUUGCAGUUGCUAAUUGAAAGAUAUAAUAAUUGUCAGAUAUUCUUCAUGUUAAGGUUUUCCUUUUUUUUUAAAUGGUAACAAAAAUAAACAAUUUGUAACAAGAAAAUAGAAGGCUUUGUUAAUUAAUAAUGAUAUUUUCUGAUUUAAAUUUAGUUUACCUGUUUAUUAUUCUUGAAAGUUUUGUUCAUAACUUUUGCUUUCAGUUAAUACAGUGAUACCUUCUUAACAGGUGUUUUUAGCCCGAGUAUUCCAUAAGAGUAAGUAGAGCUAUACCAGUCGGCGUCGGCGUAACCACUUAUGUUUUGUAACAUCUCAAAUAUUUUCAAAGUCUGUUAACAUAUGUCUUUGAAACUUUGCACACAUGUUCAACAUCAUAACUCCCAACAUGUACACAGGAGGAGAUAAAUCUAUCAAGCAUUUAGACAGGAUUAUGUCCCUUUCAAUUUACGUUUAAGUUUUUAUACCACCUGAAAAUAAAGUUGAUUAUUGGCUUUGAAACUGCACAUUUGCUUACCAUUAUGCCCCAAAUGUGAUCACAGGAGGAGGUAACUCUAUCAAGCAUUUAUCAGAAUAAUGCCCCUUUUUCGACUUCGAAUUUACAUUAAAGUUGGUAUACCACCUCAUAUUUUCAUAUUACAUUGAUAUUUUGCUUUAAUACAAGUUGAAAUUUUAUACACUUCUUUGAGAGCCUAAUAAGACUCUCCAAGGCCUAUAACUGUAAAAUUGAUUUUAAGAAAAAAUGGCCCUUUUGUUAAAUUAGAAAAUUUUACAUUAUCAAGGCUCUUUUACUAUUAAGCACUAAGAAUAGUCAAGCGACAGCUCUUGUUAUGCUGUACUGAUGCUGUUUCUGUCAUUCCAACUAUGAGCUACCAUAAUUUAAUAGUGAUACAGAAUUUAAAUGGAAAGUAUUAUCUUUAAAAGAAAAGACCAACAAGCGGUCUGGUCUCAUUAGUGGGGUUCUAUUGUAUAUUUAACCCCAGAGUGAUCUUGGGAAGACAUCCAACCCCAAAAUGUAUCAUUUAUAUGAUUUCCUGAUGUCAUCCCCAGAACAACCAUUUGUGCAAACAUUUGGAGACCUCGCAGUGGUUUUGGACAUCAGACUCCACAAUGUCUCUCCUGGCUGUACGUCCGUCCGUCCGUCCGUCCGUCCGUCCGUACGUCCCGAAAUCUUGUGAACACAACUCCUCUUAAACCGGAUGGCAGAUUUUGCUUAAACUUACAGGGAUGAACAACCUUAAUGUGUAGAUGGUAGUAAAGGAAGGAAUUUUUGCUGCGACCAAAUUUAACAGAAUUAUGGCCCUUUGUUGAUUUUUUCACUAGAUACUAUGUAGAAAUUUUGUGAACACAACUCCUCUUAAACUGGAUGGCAGAAUUUGCUUAAACUUACAGGGAUGAACAACCUUUAUGUGUAGAUGGUAGUAAAGGAAGGAUUUUUUGCUGCGACCAAAUUUAACAGAAUUAUGGCCCUUUGUUGAUUUUUUCACUAUAUACUAUGUAGAAAUUUUGUGAACGCAACUCCUCUUAAACCGGAUGGCAGAUUUUGCUUAAACUUACAGGGA